CAGACAGACAAGAUGGCGGACGUGGUGAACGUCGGGGUGAAUCUUGACGCUUUUUCUCACGCUAUCAAUGGAAUCCAGGCCCUUCGCUCCAGUGUGAGCCGGGUGUUCGAGUCCCUGAAGGACGGGAUGAAGAACCGGGAGACGCUGGAGGGGCGAGAGAAGCAGUUUAUAUCCGAGUUCCAGGACAAUCUGCAGGCGGUCAACAGAGACCUGAAUGAGCUGGAGCGUCUCAGUGGUCUCGUGGGUCGUCCAUCAGAGUCUCAUCCUCUUCAUAACAGUGGUCUCCUCAGUCUGGAUCCAGUUCAGGACAAAACUCCUUUAUACUCACAACUGCUUCAGGCCUACAAGUGGUCCAACAAGUUGCAGUACCAUGCUGGUCUGGCUUCCAGUUUGUUGAACCAACAGUCACUCAAACGAUCGGCAAAUCAAAUGGGAGCUUCAGCCAAGAGGCGACCCAAAGUCCAACCCAGUACUCUGGUACUUCCUCCUCAGUACGUGGAUGAUGUCAUCUCUCGGAUCGGCAGGAUGUUUCCUGAUUUGACCAUCGAGUUGUUCAGACCUAACGGGACAUCAGCUGUUCUACUGGUGACCCUGGGGAAGGUGUUAAAAGCGAUUGUUGUGAUGCGUUCACUGUUCAUUGACAGAACGGUCGUUCGAGGAUUCAAUGAGAACGUUUACAACGAGGAUGGAAAGCUGGACAUCUGGACCAAGUCUCAGUACCAAGUGUUCCAGAAGGUAACUGACCACGCCACGACCGCCCUGCUGCAUUACCAGUUGCCCCAGAUGCCUGAUGUCGUGGUGCGUUCCUUCAUGACCUGGUUGCGGAGCUACAUCAAGCUCUUCCAGUCGCCGUGUCAGCGUUGUGGUCGUUUCCUGCAGGACGGACUUCCUCCCACGUGGCGGGACUUUCGGACCUUGGAGGCGUUUCACGACACGUGUCGCAUGUAAACAAACACGUGACGUUUCGGUUUCAAGUUUUAAUAAAGUUUCAUUUUUUA